UGCUGCAGUUGUCUCUGAAGCAGAGAAAUCCAAAGUGUGUCGGUUUGUGUGUGUCGCAGCCAGAAGCCGUUCAAUGUCCGUUAGUGCCGUUACAGUGAUGUUAAAGUGAUGUUUAAUGUUCAGGUGACUUCAACAACUAUGAAGCUUCUUCCUGUCGUGUGUCUCUGUCUCGUGACUCGGUGUGGAAUGACGUCAGCUGAUGGAAACGGUCCAGCAGUCGUCACAGUGGAACAAGACAGAGAUGUUAUUUUACCCUGUUCCCUCAGCACCAAGGAGAACAUUGAGUCAAAACUGUUUGACUGGAAGAAAGCUGCUCAGAAAGAUGGAAAAAACAAGGAGGUGUUCUUUUAUGAUGCAGGCAUCCAUUACAACAACGGGCGAGCAGGUCAGAGUGAGGAGUUCAAAGGUCGAGGUCGCGUGCAACCUCCGCGUUUUAUAACGUUAAAAAACAGAUUAGAUGAAAACAUCCCAGGUGCAGCCUCAAAACCAAACACUGCAAAUCUUGAUGAAACAGACAACAGGGCGCUGCUGCAGUGUGAAGCUAAUGGUAAUCCACAACCUGAAGUAGAGUGGAGGGACAGUGCUGGAAACAAACUUCCUGCUGAGGAGCCACAUAUUUCCGAAAGAGACGGCCGUUUCUACAUCACCCUCAACGCCACUGUGACCAAGACAGACAGCUAUCGCUGUGUGGCCACACAGAAGACAAUCAACCAUCAGAUUCAUGCUGAUACUUAUGUGCGUAUGAAUGGUCAGUGA